GUCAUCGGCUUUUUUCCACGCCGGGGAUCUUCAGGAACAAAUCUUCUCCACGCGACUUUCCCAAGUCCGUUCCCAGUAUGGCAUUCUUGACUCCUCCAUAGGAUUUACAAUAUCAUGAGCGGCUAUGCCGCUGCUGCUCUCGAGUCCCUUAGCGGCAACAAGGACACCUCGGUCUCCGCCAGUGCGCACUUCCAAACAUCCCCUCCCGGAAUUCAUUACUUGCAGUACUCGCUUGAGAAAGAGGCCGAAUACCUUCCCCAAAUCCGUGAACUGAUCUCCAAGGACCUCUCCGAACCUUACAGCAUCUAUGUCUACCGAUAUUUUCUCUAUCAAUGGCCCGAACUCUGCUUCAUGGCUGUUGACGCCACCGAUGACAACAAACUAGCCGGGGUGGUAAUUUGCAAACUAGAGCCACAUCGAGGAGGACCAUUGAGAGGAUACAUCGCCAUGCUGGCCACAAAGGACAAGUUUCGGGGCAAGGGUAUCGCCACUACGCUUGUCAGCAAAGCCAUGGAUUUGAUGAUCGAGAAGGACGCGGACGAAAUUGCGUUGGAAACCGAGGAGACAAACACCGCGGCUAUGAAGUUGUACGAGCGGCUGGGGUUUCUGAGAAGCAAAAAGCUGCAUAGGUACUACAUGAAUGGGAACAGCGCAUACCGGUUGCUGCUCUACCUGAAAGAGGGCGUGGGCUGUAUCCCGACAGAGGACGAGUUCAAUGGCGCUGGUCUGGAUGUGCAAGACGAAAUGAGAUAUCCACAUCGCUAUCAGGAAUCGCCGCAGGAUGUAUUGAGUCGUGGAAUCGUCUGAAUCAUUAGAGACAACCACCUAUCCACUCCUCCCACCUCUUCACUCCUUUGCCUGCUUCCUCACCUCUGACUGCUCCUCCUAACACAUCGACCUUAA